AUAGUCCGCCAACCAUGACCCGCCAAGACACAGCGACCCCAACGGGAAGCCUGAGCGCACAGGGCCCCUCAAACACCGGUUACAACAACAACCCAGUGCCGGUACCUGUGAUCACACAGACGAACUCAAGAGACAAAUGGAGCAAAAAGAUGGAUUUUCUUUUAUCAGUCAUUGGCUUCGCGGUAGACUUAGGAAACGUGUGGAGAUUUCCAUACAUUUGUUACCAAAAUGGAGGCGGGGCUUUCCUCAUCCCCUACAUUGUCAUGGCCAUCUUUGGAGGGGUGCCACUAUUUUACAUGGAACUGGCCCUGGGACAGUUCCAUAGAACUGGCGCCAUAUCCAUAUGGAAACACAUAUGCCCCAUCUUCAAAGGCAUUGGGUAUGCGAUCUGUGUCAUCGCGCUCUACGUCUCCUUCUACUACAACACCAUCAUCGCCUGGGCACUUUUCUACUUCUACUCGUCCUUUGCCAGCGUCCUGCCCUGGACCAACUGUGACAACGCCUGGAACACUGAAAACUGCACCAACUACUUCCUGAAAGACAACGUGACCUGGAACAACUACUCCAGGUCACCUGCUGAGGAAUUUUACACGAGGAAUGUUCUGGAGAUCCACAAGUCCGAUGGGCUGCGUAACGUGGGGGGUGUUCGCUGGCAGCUGAUGCUCUGCCUUUUUCUCAUCUUCACUAUCGUUUACUUCAGUCUCUGGAAGGGAGUGAAGACAUCAGGGAAGGUAGUGUGGGUGACGGCCACCUUGCCCUAUGUGGUGCUCUUCAUCCUGUUGAUCCGUGGUGCCACCCUACCAGGUGCAUGGAAGGGAGUGGUCUUCUACCUACAGCCAAAAUGGGAGAAACUCUUUGAGACCAGUGUGUGGGUAGAUGCUGCGGCUCAGAUCUUCUUCUCCUUGGGGCCAGGCUUUGGGGUGCUCCUUGCCCUCUCCAGCUACAACCCGUUCACCAACAACUGUUAUCGUGACGCCAUAGUGACCAGCCUGGUGAACUGCCUGACCAGCUUCAUGUCUGGUUUUGUGAUCUUCACUGUGCUGGGGUACAUGGCAGAGAAGAGAAAUGUGAAUGUGGAGGAUGUAGCCCGAGACAAAGGUCCAAGCCUACUCUUCAUCACCUAUCCAGAGGCCAUAGCCAACAUGACAGGGUCAACAUUCUUCGCCAUCAUCUUCUUCGUGAUGAUGAUCACUCUUGGGCUCGACAGCACGUUUGGAGGACUGGAGGCUAUCAUUACUGCUGUGAUGGACGAAUACCCUGGUUACCUGGCGAACAGACGGGAGCUGUUUGUACUGGGCUUGGUUGUUGUGUGCUUUUUGGGCUCCCUCAGCACCCUUACCAAUGGCGGGGCCUAUGUGGUGAAACUGCUGGAGGAAUUUGGGGUGGGUUCCUCCAUCAUUGUUGUUGGUUUUCUUGAGGCCAUCGCCGUUUCCUGGUUCUAUGGUAUCACGAGAUUCAGCAAUGACAUUAAAUCCAUGUUAGGCUAUUCUCCUGGAUUAUUCUGGAAGGUGUGCUGGGUGGCCAUCAGUCCUGCAUUUCUAGCGUAUAUAAUAGUGAGCUCCCUGCUUAAGCCACCGCCCCUCCAACUCUUUGACUACAAGUACCCAGACUGGAGCAUCACGGUGGGCUAUGUCAUCGGGGCCUCCUCCUUUAUGUGGAUCCCUAUCUAUAUGGUCUACAAGCUGGUGUGGACCCCUGGAUCACUGAAACAGCGCCUAGCCGUAUGUCUGAGACCUGAGAGGACCAUUAUGCCAGAGAUCCACACAGACUCCCUCAACAUGAGUCCUGUUCCAUAGAAGCGCCUACGUUGCCAAGAACCCAGCCAGGCACAUCAUGUUCUACCAAUAGGCUCCUGAAUGAGAACCAACUCAGCAGAUACAGAUCGAUCUCAUGGAGUGUUCAACAAGUCUUUUUUUUUUGUAGCUCAGUAAGUACAAUAAACACAAAUUGUCUGCAAGGGGGGACUUAAUGUAAAGAGAAAACAUUUCAUAUGAAUUAAUAUUCAGUGUGAACGCGUCCUUCAAAUACUGUCAGUAUACAGUUUAUUUUGGACAGAAAAAUGUAGGUCUGAUCACAAGACAGACUUCUACAGCUAUUAAGAUAAGGCAGUCACUUCUCACCAAUUACUUGUUUAUUUAUUUAACCUGGCAAGUCAGUUAAGAACAAAUACUGAUUUACAAUGAUGGCC